AUGCCCUCCGCAAUCUCUCAGUCGUCCUCCCUCGACGCCAUACUAUCCUCCCUUCAACACUCGCUCCGAUCCAGUGACGCCUCCACCACUCAGUCGCAGCUCUCCAAAGCCAAGCUCGCCCUCCUGCAGCAGAAUGCCCUAAUACCCUCGCCGCAAACAUCCACCGCAACCCUCACUACCGCGCGCUCGAUCCUCGAGACCGGUGCCCUGCUCUCGAUCCGCUUGAAAGACCCGCAAUCUUUUGUCCGCUACUACUCGCAGCUACAGCCAUUCUACGACUACCCAGAGCUGCAACGACCCCCAUCAAAAGACCGCUCGCAGAUCACAGGCCUCUAUCUCCUCCUGCUGCUGAGCCAGGGCGAUUACGCGGGCUUCCACACGUUGCUCGAGACAUUGAUCGUGGCGGAAAGCGGCAAUGGCGGGAAGAGCGUCGAGGACGACCAGUUCAUUCGCUAUCCCAUCGAACUGGAGAGGAGUCUGAUGGAGGGAAGCUACGAUCAAGUGUGGCGGAAGACGAACGGCCGUGACGUACCGAGCGAGGAGUUUGCGUUGUUCUCUGAGGCACGUCCACCAUUUUCAUUACACGCAAUUCUCAUCAAUACCAUUCGCCUCGAGAUUGCGUCUUGUGCCGCCCGCUCGUACCCUUCGUUACCGAUCGCCUCGGCGAAGAACCUGUUGUUCCUGGACUCGGAGGGCGCGGUAGCCGAGUUCGCGCACGAGCAGGGCUGGAGUCUGGAGGAGGGCAGGAUAUACUUCCCCAGCCUGGAGGAUGCGAAGAAGGCCGAGGAGGGAGACAAGGAGCGAGAGAUCAUGAGCAAUGUUGUCGGCUACGCGAGGGAGUUAGAGAGCAUUGUGUAA